CUUUAACCUUUUUUUUUUCUAAACAUUUCCCUCUAAUGAAACUUUUAGACAAGAUGAAGGCACGAUGGGCCUUAAGGAAUGCAGGUUCCAGGCCCAUGGAUCCUGAGAAACGUGUAAAGAUAUUCAGGCGAUUACAGAAAUGGGUUCCCAUCGCUAGCUUGCUUAUAUUCUUUGUAGCUGUGGGUUGGAUACUCGUAUUACCAUACCAAGAUUAUAAUAAACGAACUUAUAUCUCAGAAAAUGCAUUAUUACCAGGCCAAGCUAAUUUGGAUUAUGGAUAUAAUGAUAUUUACACUGCAGAAGAAUAUCGUGCAAAGAUAUUGGAGGUUCAGGACAAGGACAGUGAAACACGUGCCAAAUUUAUUCACCAAGAGUUCAGAAGAACAGGAUUUGUAUCUGCUUUACAACACUUUGUUAUUGACGGAAAAACACCUAAAAUGGGGGUCAAUGCAUUUGCAAUUAACAGGGCUCCGAGAAGCGAUGGUAAAGAAGCAUUGAUCCUGAGUGCUUCAUGGAUGUCAAGAACCGGAGAAUACAACACGAAUGGUAUUGCUUCGUUGCUAUCUUUAGCUAAAUUGUUCAAGCGUAACGUAUAUUGGGCAAAGGACGUUAUAUUACUAGUUACGGAUCACGGAAAUUCAGGCACACAGGCAUGGUUGGAUGCGUAUCAUGGCACAACACCUCACGACGAGUUAUCCUCUGUUGUUAUGCCUAGAUCUGGCGCAGUACAAGGAGUUGUCAAUUUAGAUUUCCCAGGAAUACAGGAUUAUGAAACCCUGGGUGUUUUUUUUGAGGGAGUCAAUGGUCAAUUACCCAAUCUAGACUUGAUUAAUACGAUUGUUGCAGUAUCUCAAAGAACCAAUCCACCUAUCCAAAUUACCCUUCAUGACGAUAGCAAAAACCCUUAUGAAAAUCAUCAAUAUAGCUCAUAUUUAGGGUCAUUAAAUCACAUGCUUACAAGUAUGAAGUAUUUAGUGUUGGGAAAACCAUCCAGUGAUGCAGGAUUAUACCUCCGUUACACAAUCGAUGCAGUGACAAUUCAUGGUAUUGCUGGCAGUGAGCAUUUGCAUCAAUUGUUUGGGUUUCACCGAAUUGGAAGGCUAGUGGAGUCAACGUUUCGCAGUUUGAACAAUCUGCUGGAGCAUUUCCAUCAGUCGUUCUUUUUUUACUUAUUACCUCAACCUAAUCGUUAUGUGUCGAUCAGUCAAUACAUGCCUCCUGUGAUCCUAUUCAGCUGCGCUCUAAUCUUUCAAUCUAUGGCCUUGUAUUAUUUAGGAACAAAAGAGAUCCCAAACGCCAAUGUUGAAAAAACAGGUAAAAUUCCACCUGCAUAUUCCUUGGAAAAACGUCAUACAAUGUUUGCAUUUACUAUUUUGAUAAUCACGCACGUAACCGGAGUAAUUAUAUUUAAUUUGAUGCAACCUACUUUUGGAUGGAAAUACCUUGUUCAAUUUGCAGAAAAUGAGACGCUUUUGAUUCAAUAUGGUGCUUCUGUUGCAGUUUGCAGUAUUUCGGUUUUACUCUCUAUUCUGUACACGAAGCCUUCUCCUGAACACGAUGCCACUAUCCUUAAAUCAUUCUGUCUGGCUCAGAGCGCCCUUGUGAUUGCAACCGUCUCUCUCCUUAAUUUCACCCUCGGUGUUGCCACCGCCAUUCUUAUUCUGAUUCCGUACAGUUUAAUCCGUCCUUGUGAAAGCCACGCACUCAAGCUAAUUCAACUCUGUUUCUUAACCUUAUUAUCCCCAGCUGGUUUGGCAGCGGUAUUCAGCCAAAUGACUGACAUGCCCCUGACAGAUGUCCUUUUGAGUAUCCUCUCCGAUUAUCAUGUUGUGAGAUCAUGGUUUCUAACUUUUGUCUGUACAGUUUACUGGCCAAUUAAUAUGGCCAUGAUGAUUCUCGUAUUCAGCAAAUCUUCAACAUGAUUGUAUGUAUGUUGUACAUCCUUUUUAUUUUAGGAGAAAAAAUAAAUAUAUAUAGUAGA